AAUAACCAGGGACUCGAUCGUUAUAGACGUAUGCGGAAGUUAAAUAAUGGCGAAUAGACCACAACGCGGCAGGGUACAGCCACCUGAAGAUCCUCCCUCUACUUCCACGAAUCAGUCGACAGCCGAGAAUCAGCCGACAUCGAAAACGGCUGAAGUGUUCGAACACGUCACAGUCAAUACGAAAUGUCCAAAAUGUGAGAGUCACUGCAUGACAAAGAUUCAGUACGAGAGCGGAAACCUGACCUGGAAUUUGUGCUUCAUUGUGGCCCUGUCAGGAUUGGUUCUCGGAUGCUGCCUGUUGCCAUUCUGCUUAGAUACAGCAAAGGACGUUCUACAUAUUUGUCCAAACUGCAGUUACACAAUAGCUCGUUAUAACAAAAUGUGAUCACAUUUGGACUAUCUCUUCUCCUGAUCGUCUAACGUCGUGCUUAUACCUUCACUCCGUUCAAAUGAAGUAAACUGUCUUUGAUGCUGCCUUACCGAAUUAGUGUGUCAACUGUGCAUAACGACUACUCCGUCUAAAUUGAGUUUGUACAUAACGACUACUCCAUACACAUAGACUUAAAUACAUAACGACUACUCCGUCCACAUAGACUUAAAUACAUAACGACUACUCCGUCUAAAUUGAGUUUGUACAUAACGACUACUCCAUACACAUAGACUUAAAUACAUAACGACUACUCCGUCUAAAUUGAGUUUGUACAUAACGACUACUCCAUACACAUAGACUUAAAUACAUAACGACUACUCCAUACACAUAGACUUAAAUACAUAACGACUACUCCGUCCACAUAGACUUAAAUACAUAACGACUACUCCGUCCACAUUGAGUUACAUACAUAACUACUACUCCGUUCAAAUUGAGUUAAGUAAAUAACGACUACUCCGUCCACAUUGAGUUAAAUACAUAACGACUACUCCGUCCACAUUGAGUUAAGUACAUAACGACUACUCCGUCCACAUUGAGUUAAGUACAUAACGACUAAUCCGUCCAUAUUGAGUUAGAUAAUUAACUACUACUCCGUCCACAUUGAGGUGACCAAAUGACGACUACUUCGCUCGUAUUGAGUUUAGUAUAUAAACAACUGCUCCAUCCACAUUGAGUGAAACAUAUAAGUCGAGUACAUAUCGACUACUCUUUCUGGAAGACGAUUAUCAAUAUGUAGAAUUAUUGCAUGUGGUCCUUAAAAGCAAACCAAUAAUGGUACACAUAUCUCGAUCUAUUAGCAAACCUGCAACUGAUAUGUAUGCAAAGAUAUGUUUCUGAAAAACUUCACAAAUAACUUCGAUGAAUGUUCUUUUUAUUAUAAGGUUUAAAUCGUUUCUUAGUUCUCUUGAAAUGUGUAAACGAUUUUAGCUUCGUGGAAAUAUUAGAUAAUACCACAGCUUUUGGAAAUAUUUUUCAAGAGUAAAAGAGGAUCAAAAGAUUUUUAUGACUGUAUUAUUACUCCAACAUUGUUGCCAACUGGAAUCAGAAAGUGGAACCAGGAGUUUGAUUUUGAUAAGAAAGAUGGGCCAAGAUAUUUAAAAUAUCUUUUUUCUGCUACUAAUAGUUCAAAGUUACAGUGGUUCCAAUUUAGAAUCAUACAUCAUAUUUUGGUUACAAACUCUUUCUUUUAUGAAAUAAACAUAACUGCUAGCCUUUCAUGUACUUAAUGUAGCAUGGAACAUGAAACAAUAGUUCAUUGUUUAUGGGAGUGUCAAGAGGUGCAAAACUUUCUUCAGAGAUUUGAAACUCUGCUUGACCUAUUACUUAUUCCAUUUGCUUGUAACAAGAAAUCAUUUCUUUUUGGAAUAGUUACACAAAACUGUCAUCAUGUAGAUAAUAAAAUUUUAUUUAUCAUCAAACAUGAUAUCUAUAAAACGAGAUGCUUCAGCAACUCUUUAAACUUUAAUUCACACAUCAAUGUUAUCAAUGAUCAUUUCCUGGCUCAAAAAUGUGUAAACAACAGUAAAAGUGAACGUAUUAUGAAGGAUUUGGAAAACGGUUGAAGAAAAUGGAAACCUCUUUUAGAAUUAUAGUAAUAUAGCCGAAAAAUAUGUAUGAUUUGUAUCAUAUAUGAAUCUAAUUUAUCAUUUUGGUACCAGUCGGCAACUUCUUGUACUUAUUAAUGGCCAUUUCAACCCUUGGUUCGCUGAAUUAGCUCAGUUUCCACUCAUUUUUAUAUUUACAUAUCUUAUGAAACCGUGCCUCUCUGUCUCCUGUCUCUAUAGGGACCACGGAACCAAAUGAUUCCCCAUAGACGGUAAUGUUAACAUUUACCACUGGCCUGCUUAAAUGGGGUUUUCAACAUUGGUCCACUAGCCAUAAUUUUGAAGAAUGUCAUCUCGGAAACCUGUAAAUAGAAUGAUUAAAAAUUCUACCUAUCUGAACUUUUUUUAUAUGGGGGCCACCAUCUUGUAUUGAAUUCAGCACCAAAAACUCACCUAAAUUUACAAACAAAAUCCACAAUUAACUCCCCCUGACAAAAACAGGCUAGAUAAAAAAACUUUUUUCUAUAUAUUUUACAUCUACAUGUAUUGCCCAGCCCACAUAUAAAACUUUGGAAACUUCUCUCACCUACAUAUCCAAUCUGUAGGCCCCGAUACAUUCACCUUCCUAUUGAAUCUGAAAACGGGAAAAAAUCCACAAUCUAUUUUUGAUUUGAUUCUGUGGUCCCUAUACACUUCUUUCUCUCUCUCUUCCUUUUACUUUACUUGCCUUUUUUUCUCCUUCACUAAUGUGUGUACAUAUAUAUGUACAUGCAUUUAUGAUAUGUGUGUGUGCUUGCGAAUGUUUUCUUGUUUUAAUAUGAGUGACGAAUAUUGAUAUUAUGGAUGUGCUGAAUCUUGUAUGAAAUGAAGAUAAUUAUAAUUCAUAUAUAAUUACAUAUCAGUGUGACAGUUCUUUGGUUUUUUGUUGCUAUUGACGAUGUUGAUGAUAAUGAAAUCAAUUGUUUCAUUUGGGUUUUUAUUCAUGCAUUGGUAACAACAUUUUCAUAAUGAUGAUUAUAAUGAUGUGGAAUCUACUGAUUGUAUGGGAUCACAUGGUAUAUUAAAAGGUGUUUUAUAAAGCA